AUGUCCGGCCAACCUGUCUCCACCGCCUCCCAUCCACCCCACGGCCACCCCGACAACACAGGGCCCUCCACGCAAGCCGCCGACAAAGCUUCCACUGCCUCGCAUCCUCCGCCUCACAAGCCCGACCCGACCGUCGCGGACAACAAUGCCUCCAAAAGAAAGCUCUCCCCCGCCGCUACCUCCGGCGCCGCCGAACUCGCCAAUCUUAAAAUAAGACUGCGGCAGGCGCUCAGACAAUACAAGGACUUUCCUUCGCCGGGUAUACUUUUCGAAGACAUACUCCCGAUCUUUGCGGACCCGGAGUUGCAUGAGGCGCUCCUGCGGGCAUUGGAGCUACACGUCACUCAGUCGUAUGGAGAAUCGCAAAAACCGGACGUGAUUGUGGGUUUGGAGGCGCGAGGGUUCCUGUUCGGACCGUCGCUUGCGCUGAGGCUUGGUGCGGCGUUUGUGCCGGUAAGAAAGCAGGGGAAGCUGCCGGGGCCGACGGAGACGGCGAGCUACCAGAAAGAAUACGGGGAGGAUUUCUUCCAGAUACAGAAGGGUGCCAUAAAAAAUGGACAGCGUGUGAUAAUUGUUGACGACAUCAUAGCAACAGGUGGCUCAGCAUCGGCGGCGGGAUCGCUCGUACGGAAGCUUGGAGGCACACUGCUGGGAUACGUCUUCAUGCUCGAACUCGACUUCCUUAAAGGCCGGGCGAAGCUCGAUGCGCCAGUGUACACUUUGAUAUCGAGCCAGGAGAAGGGCAAAGAGGGCGAUGCACCGUCAGCCGAAGGGCCGGAGAGUGCUCGAUAG